CCGACCCAGGUCUCCUGCAUUGCUGGCAGAUUCUUUACUGUCUGAGCCACCAGGGGAAGCACCUGAGGGCAGAGAGGGGCUGUCAAAUGUUUUUAUUGCCAAGAGUGACAAAAUUUGUGCUUCAUAAGGACCCUGUGUAUACCAGAGAGGACGUCUCCCACACGGGCACAGGAAGUGUGUGCAAAACCUGCUUCACCAGCGGUGGUAUAGUUGGUCCACAAAAUGAACUGGCAUUUCAUGCAUGCGCUUGGGUGAAACCUCAGAGAUGUAAGGCUGGGCUUUUAGAAGAAGCAGUUUACAAGGAUGUACUCUUGCAUCCCUGAUAAGGGACACUGCGCCAUUUCAUAGGAGGGACUUGAACCCCCCCCAGACGUUGGUGUUCAUGGGAGUCCUGGAACCAGACCCCUGUGGUUACAAGGACAGUACCGCUUGUGUAAAGCUUGGAAACAUUCGUGCGUUAUGUGUUGUUAUUUAGGGGCACACAUCCAUGUGGUGGAAAUAAAAAGCAUGCAUGGGAACUCUGAAUCUUCGGCAGGUGGUGAGUCACAUGUGUCAACUCAGAUGUCUGGAUACCACCGCAGAGUUUCUGCUUCAGGAAGUCCAGGGCGAGGACUCAGCAACCUGUGUUUCUCAGAAGUUUCAGAUGCUCCUGCUGCUGCUGGCGCAGGGACCAGAGUUUAAGCACUGCUGACCCACCCACUUGAGGAUGGGGAUUACUUUUUGGGAGGGAGCAGAACAGGACUGUGAGGGGAAAGAAAAGAGAUCCUGUUUGCUGCGGGGAAUGGAUUGGAAAAGAGAAAGCAGUGGGAGAGCCCGUGGGAGAGUGUCGCAGAAGCCCAGGUCAGCUUCUAAGAAUCAGGCGUUGGGGGAAGACGCUCCGGAGACUGUGAGGCUGGGUUGGUGAACGAACGGCGUCGUAGAGUCCACUGUUGCCUGUGGGUGGCAACCAGCGUCCACCCCGGGCUCCUGGGAGACGCCCGGAGGGAGGGCUCCGGUGAGAAAGAUGCGGGCCCGGGAUCUCGAGGACGUCCCCGCUCAGCAGAAGCGCUGUCACUGCUGACCCUGCACCUGCAGCCUGGUCACUGGGAGAUUACAGCGGGCACUUCUGAGACUGUGAGCGCUGAAAAGAGCGGAUUUGAGCGGGGAGGGUUGAGUUUGGCGGCUGUGGGGGGGACAGAGACACUGCCGACAGGCCCAGGACUGCCUUCUGCUCAAACCUGCAGUAGAAAGUCGGGGCUCCGGGAGGAGCCGGCAUCCGGCACGCAUCUGCUUCUCUCAAACCCCGAUGCUCACAGUGGCCCUGGGCCCCUCCGUCCUUCCUGAGACAGGCCUGGCUGUGACCGAGGGCCCAGCGGAGCGCAGCGCCAUGGAGACGGGGCCGCCGGAGGGCAGGAAGGGGCCCGCGCCCAGGGAGCUGCCCCCGGCCGUGGGGCUGCUGCUGUCCAUGGCGCUCAUGAACGUCGUCCUCUACCUCUGCCUCGACCGGCUCGUCACCACGCCCCGGGGCCCCACGGAGCACCCCGGCCGCUGCCCGCCUGGCCACUUCAGCAUGGGGCAGGUGACCACCUGCUCCCCGUGGCUGUCCUGCGAGCAGCUGAGGACGGAAGUCAGGCCGCUGAAGCGUGUCGGGGAGGGAGCCGUGAAGACGGUGUUUCUGUCCGAGUGGAAGGAACGCAAGGUGGCCCUGUCGCGGCUCACCAGGCCGGAGGUGAGAGACGAUUUCCUGCACGGGCUGCAGAUGCUGCGGGCGCUGCAGAGCGAGCACGUGGUCACGCUGCUGGGCUACUGUGAGGAUGACAACACCAUCCUCACCGAGUACCACCCCUUGGGCUCCCUGGGCAACCUGGAGGCGACGCUGAACCUCGCCAAGUACCGCAGCCUGAACACGUGGCAGCACCGGCUGCAGCUGGCCCUGGGCUACGUGGCCAUCCUUGACUUCCUGCACCGCAGCCCCCUGGGCACGCUGGUCAUGUGCGACUCCAACGACCUGCCCAAGACCCUGUCCCAGUACCUGCUGACCGCCAACUUCAGCAUCGUGCUCAGCGACCUGGACGCCCUGCCGCUGGUGAACCGCAGCUCCGGGGCCCUGGUGAAGUGCGGCCACCGGGAGCUCCAUGGGGACUUUGUGGCCCCAGAGCAGCUGUGGCCCUUCGGAGAGGACGUGCCCUUCCAGGACGACCUCAUGCCCGCGUAUGACGAGAAGAGUGACAUCUGGAAGAUUCCCGACGUCUCCAGUUUCCUUCUGGGGCACGUGGAGGGGAGCGACAUGGUCCGAUUCCACUUGUUUGACAUUCACAAGGCAUGUAAGAGCGAGGUGCCUGCAGAGAGACCCACCGCUCAGGCCGUCCUGGACGCUUACCAGAAGGUUCUGAACCUACUCAGAGACACCGCGACGUCUCAGACUAGAGAGAUGCUGUGAAAGCCAGGGUGGUCGCCGAGGGAUGGAGUCGGGACAGCCGGAAGAGCUGCCUCGAUUUUGCCCUGAUGGAAGGUGUUAGCAGCUCUGCCCCGGGUUCUUCCUCUCCUGACUGCCUGGCGGGAGUUGCUGAGCAAGACACAUGGGCUUGCCGCGAGCCUGGCUGCAAGCGAAGGUGGAGAGAAGCAGUGAGUCGGACCACUAUCUGAAGGAAGUAACAAAAAUGGAGCUACAAAGAGGUGUCCCUAACAGCUGAAUCUGUAGGCUUGUAAGAAAUGUGCGUGGAGAGGUUUUUAAGUGGCAGUGUGGGGAAGAGACAAGUGGUGGUUCUUGCUUUGUCAGGUGAGUAUCUGCAGUGUACUUCACGGUACCGAGGAGACGUCACUGUGUUUCAGGUGACUGCUCAGGGCCACGCCUGUGUCAUCCAUGUCCCAGUGAGCUAGCAUGCAUGCUCUCUGAAACCUUGAGUGGAUAAGGAACAUUGAAAAUAUCGUGUAUGAUGGAAAUCCCAUCUGUGUUACUACUGCCUCGGAUGGUGCUUGUGAAAUUCUUCUUUACCUUCCAGCUGGAUAUUUAUUCUGUGCUCAACAUUAAUUAUUGUGAACAUUCUACACCAAUAGUGUCUGGCACUCAUUAAUGGAAGGCAUUGACAGACUUUCCACUUGAGUUGCAUGAUUGAAUCCCUCAGAAAGCUUUCCAUGGUCUCUGUCAUCCUCAUUUGCAGGGGAGGAAGGAUUUGGUACAUAUUGAUCACUACCAAUGGGGAGGGGGGGUUAAAGCUGGCAUCGAGGGCAAAAAGGCUGUGCACAGACCUCGUGGUCACCAGAAUUACAGAGAGUUGGCCCCGCCCCGCAGUCUCAGACUCAGUGUCUCGGUGGAGUCCUCUGCGUUUCUCACUGGUUCCCUGGUGAUGCAGCCAGUGCUGCUGAUCUGGGAACCACAUGUCGAGAACCAGUGUCCUUACCUAUCGAGGCAGUGGACAGGGAGUGUGGUCAGUAUUAUCCUUGUUCUACCUCCCAUGGUGAUUGAAUCCUGGGAGUCCUAUGGUUGGUCAGAGAAUACGCUUGCCCAGAGUAUAUUAACUGCUGCUCUUAGUUAAAAACAUGCUGCCAGAACCCACGAGGAUGGCUGUAAUCAAAAGGAUGGACAGUAACAAACAUCGUCAAGGAUGUAGAGAGUUGGAGCCUUCAUACGUUGCUGGUAGGAAUAUAAAAUGGCCCAGCUGCUUUGGGAAACAGUCUGAACAUCCUCAAAAGGUCAAAAAUAGAGUUACCAUGACCCAGCGGUUCCAGUUCCCAGUAUUUACCAAUGAGAAUUGAAAACAUGUCCAUAAAAGAACUUGGACACAAAUAUUCAUAGCAGCAUUAUUCAUAAUAGACAAAAGAUGAAGAUGUCCAUCCGCUGGUGAAUAGAUAAAAGAAAAUGUGGUCCCUCCAUACAAAGUGGUAACAUUCAGCCAUGAAAGGAAUGUAGCACUUUGUCAUGCUCCAGCACGGAUGAGGAGGUGCUGAGUGAAAGAAGCCAUCACAGAAGACCACAUGCCGUGUGAUUGCAUUUGCAGGAAAUGUCCAGAACUGGCCGACCCACAGAAACAGAACGCAGUGGUUUCAGGGGGGCUGGCAGGGGCUUGGACUUGAAGAAUGCUGGGGUGCUUGCUAAUGGAUCAGGGUUUCUUCAGGGCAGAUGAAAAUUUCCAGAAAUGGUGAUGGUUGCACAGCUCUGAAUAUACUAAAUAACACUGAAUUGUAUAAAAGGGGGCGAUUUUAUGGUUUGUGAAUUAUAUCUCAAUAAAGCUGGGGAAAAAAAAACACACCUCUGCCACAA